GAUUUAUAGAUCGAUCACCUUCUGAGAGAUUGCAUUGAGGAAUGCACAUAGCUUCACAAUGGCUAAUCGGAAGUUUCCGUAUAUCUACGACCAAGACACGAAAAAUGAUGACCAGAAGUUUCCGUAUAUCUACGGCCCACACACGAAAACUGAUGACCUGAAGUUUCCAUACAUCUACGCCCUAGCCACAAAAACCGGUGAGGUGAAGUUACCCUACAUAUAUGGUCCAACCAUGGGAACAAAUGGCAAGAAUUAUAAGUUUCCAUAUAUAUACGGCCUAGAAAGGAAUGUCGACGACCAGAAGACCACAAGGAGCAAAGGUUUUCCAGGAAUUAGCACGAUGGGCGCGUCCAAUCUGCAAGAAAAGGUGAGCGAGGGAGACGUUCACAUCCAUGGAGACUUCACAUUCACGGAAGACAUCGUGAAACUAGGAUCUACAAUCAUCCCUUACAUCCUACCAUCAGCUACCUUAGGUGCUCCUUUGCUGCAGCGUGACAUCGCUGACUCCAUCCCCAUUUCCAUGAGGAACUUCAACGGCAUCAUGAAAAUGUUCGCGUCAGUAUCUUACACCAUGGCAAACGACAUAUGGUCGACCCUGAACAUGUGUGAGAAUGUGCACCCUCUCAACGGCGAGAAGAAAACAUGUAUCGGCUCCGUGGAAUCAAUGGUCGAGUUUGUCUCAUCGAUGCUCGGGAGUACACGCGACCUGCAAGCUUUCUCCUCAUCCCAAGUGCCCAAUGAAGGUGUGGUGACAAGGAGGAGGUACAAAGUAGUGGCGUCAUGAAGGCCCACUGAGUCGAGUGAGACUGCGACAUGCCACGACAUGAACUUCCCAUAUGCGGUGUUUAUGUGCCAUGCCAUGAACCCUACCAGGGUAUAUGCGGUGACGCUGGAGAGCGAGCACGACGGUGGCGAAGCGCAGAAGAUGGAAGUGCUUGUCGUGUGUCACCUCGACACGUCAGGGUUUGACCCUAGUAAGAUGCCAAAGGGCACCAGGCCUGGGCAGGCCCCAGCUUGUCACUUUGUCGGCAGGGACACCGUCCUCUGGGCGCCUGCUGCUGCUGCUGCCACCACCACCACUGCUGCUUAAUUAAUCAUUCCCAAGCACAAAGUAAUUGUGCAGCGUGGACGCCAUGGUUAUGCAUGCAUCUAUGUUCCAUGCAUCCAUGACUCGUGCCAUCAUGUAUGUAUGCAUGUUUCUGUACCUAAAUCGUGUGAAACACUUGCACUGCUAUCGCAUUGCGGGCCAGUGUUUACUUUGUUGUUGGGUUUGUCUGUGUUGUGUAAGGUGUGCCAGCUAUUACCGACUAAAUAAAACUCAUGAGUUGUGCUUAGUUACUCUCUCUGCCUCGGGUGCAAUCUUGACUUGUACUGAACGUUUCAUCAUAAUUGGAGCAACAUGACAGAAAAA